AUGACAUUCCCGUCGGAGCAAGUACCGACGCGACGCGGAGCGCUCAUUGUCGUCGAGGGCCUCGACCGCGCUGGCAAAUCGAGCCAGUGCGAGAUGCUACAAAACUAUCUCGCCGAACAAGGGCAUACAGUGAAAUACAUUCGGUUUCCAGAUAGGACCACGCCCAUUGGGAAGCUCAUAGAUAGCUAUCUACGUGGCUCUGCCAAUCAAGACGACCACUCCAUCCACCUCCUUUUCUCCGCGAACCGCUGGGAGAUUGCCAAGAGUAUCGAACAAGAUAUUGCCAGCGGCAUCACUGUCAUCGUGGACCGCUAUUCAUAUUCAGGUGCCGUGUACUCGGCCGCCAAAGCCAACCCCACGCUCUCGCUGGAAUGGGCGUGGCAGCCAGAGAUCGGGCUACCCCAGCCCGAUAUCUGCUUGUUUCUCCGCAUUUCGGCUGAGGUGGCUGCGAAGCGGGGAGGCUUCGGCGCGGAGAGGUAUGAGAAUGAGGCGAUGCAAACUCGCGUGCGAGAACUGUUCCACUCGCUCUUUGACCGCCAAAAAGAUGUGCGUGUGAUCGAUGCAGGCAGAUCAAUCGAGGAGGUAUCAAAGGAUAUACAGGUUCUUGUUUCUGGUUGCGUGGCGCGAUUGGACGUCAUUGGGCCCUUGCGCACACUUGGGCAGCUUGCCAAUUAG